AUGAAUGAAGAGAAUGAGAUUUUCGGUUUCUGGGCAUUACCAGAGGGAUGUAUAUCUGAUAUAAUUUCAUUUACUUCCCCAAAAGAUGCAUGUAUAGUAUCUGCUGUUUCUUUGGGAUUCAAAUCUGCUGCUGAAUCUGAUACGGUGUGGGAGCGGUUUCUUCCGCCAGAUUAUCGAGAUAUUAUUGCGAAAUCUGUGUAUCCGGUGAUUUAUUGUUCCAAAAAGGAACUUUAUUUCCAUCUUUGUGAUUCCCCUCUCAUCCUUGACGGUGGAAAACUGAGUUUCAGAUUGAGUAAGCCAAGUGGCAAGAAGUGUUACAUGUUGUGUGCAAGGGAACUUUACAUUGCAUGGGGAGAUAAUCCAAUGUACUGGAAUUGGAAGACUCUUAGAGAAUCAAGGUAUAUAUCUCGCACUUUAUUUAUUAUCCAUCUUAUAUGUAGCCUUUAA